AUCCCAUUCCCUCACAAGGAGCCAAACGGGGCCCUAAAACUGGUUUACAACGGAUUCACGGCUUUGUUACUCUAGAUUUGAAUUUGAAUUCCCCUUUUCCUCCGCUCGCUCUCUCUCCCUCUCUAAAAUCAUCAAUCAUCACUCAUCAGAUCACCUUCCUUACUUCGCCUCUCUCCCCGCCGAACCCCCAGUCACUCCAAGCAAAAGGCGCAGCAAAUUGCGGCAAUCAUGACGGCAGCGCCACCCCCGUCGACGGGAAGGGAGCUAUUGAGCCCCCCGACCGACGGAAUUUCCAACCUCAGGUUCUCCAACCACAGCGACCACCUUCUUGUUUCCUCAUGGGAUAAGAGUGUUCGGUUGUAUGAUGCUAGUGCCAAUUCGCUCAGAGGGGAGUUUAUGCACGGAGGGGCUGUACUAGAUUGUUGCUUCCAUGACGAUACCUCAGGGUUUAGUGCUUCUGCUGAUCAUACUGUUAGAAGGCUCGUGUUCAACUACAACAGGGAGGAUGUUUUGGGGCGCCAUGAUGGGCCUGUCCGAUGUGUUGAAUACUCAUACGCAACUGGUCAAGUCAUUACGGGUAGCUGGGACAAAACCUUGAAGUGCUGGGAUCCAAGAAGUUCCAGUGGCCAGGAUCGCUCUCUUGUUGGAACAUAUACUCAACCUGAGCGUGUAUAUUCAAUGUCUCUUGUUGGCAAUCGCUUAGUGGUUGCUACUGCUGGAAGGCAUGUAAAUGUGUAUGAUCUCCGGAACAUGUCUCAACCUGAACAACGAAGGGAAUCUUCUCUGAAAUACCAAACAAGAUGCGUCCGAUGUUAUCCUAAUGGGACAGGUUAUGCUCUUAGUUCUGUUGAAGGACGAGUAGCCAUGGAGUUUUUCGAUCUCUCAGAAGCAGGCCAAUCUAAAAAGUAUGCAUUCAAGUGCCACAGGAAGUCUGAAGCAGGAAGAGAUAUCGUAUACCCUGUGAAUGCCAUUGCAUUUCACCCUAUCUAUGGUACCUUUGCUACUGGAGGUUGUGAUGGUUAUGUAAACGUGUGGGAUGGAAACAACAAGAAGAGGUUGUAUCAGUAUACAAAGUAUCCGACAAGUAUUGCAGCACUGUCCUUUAGCAGAGAUGGUAGACUGCUGGCGGUUGCAUCCAGUUACACAUAUGAAGAAGGAGAUAAACCCCAUGAGCCAGAUGCCAUAUUUGUCCGCAGCGUGAACGAAGUAGAAGUGAAGCCAAAGCCAAAAAUGCUUCCCAACCCUGCUUCAUGAGUUAGGCAAAAACUAGUUGCUUGUGCUAUUUCCGGAGCGAGUGUUAUUUUCAAAUUUUAGCUGUGAUCGAGGACCUUAUUUAAAAUCAUUUACUCAUUGAUGACUAGUUUUCAUGGGACGAUUGUAGUGUGCUCGGAAUACAAUUGAACAAGUGAUUUAGUGAAAAUGAAAGCAUACUACUGCUGCUGCUGCCUCCUCCCAA